GCCGUCCGAUCCUAAAAUUGAUCUCGCCAAAACCUUAUCCGAUCUACAGGAGGAGCUUCGCGAUGGUUUUGCACCCCUCAAGAGAGAAUUGUCUGAAGAGCACGAAUCAGCGAUAAAAAGACUUAAAUCCACCCCUUCAUCAGCACCGAAAUUUAAGAAGAAAAGCAACGAGAAGCAGUUUGAGGCGAAUACUCAAGUCCUCGAUCACGUUCAGUCGGCCUCCUCAUUCUUCCAAUCUACGCCACCACAAGUUGAAAAGGCCCUUGAAGAACUUAAAGAAGGUGAGAAAAAGCUCGCUCAUAGGAAUAAACUUAUCUUAAUCGCCGAUUCCUCUGAAGAAGGUUGGGAAGUGGUUAAUGAAUACGAGCACAGAGACCUUGCCGACAACAGCGACGACCACAAACGCAUAAGACAGGCCGAAGCAAGAGCAUAGCAGAAGCGCCGUCGAGCUCAAUCGCAGAAAAAAACAGUUUUUACUUCCCCGAGGUCCCCAUUUCCAGGCCCCCAUUUCGUCCGUUCCCCUCGACAGUCCUACGGUUUUCCAUUCUCCUGGCCCUUUUCUCCAGUCCAACAUUUCCCGCCACUGCCUCACAGAAUACCUCCACUACUACCUGGCCUAGUUCGUCCGCCCUGGGAGGAUCCUGUUUUGCCUGCGGAAAGUUUGGCCAUUUUCGAAGCCAGUGCCCUUCUCGUGGUGUUCAGCCCACAGCUAUCUAGCCCAGGAAGCGAAUUUAAUGGACGCGGAAAGCUCCACGCUUUUACCGAACAGAGAUAAGUCUCUAAUUCUUUCUCCAGAGUACGUAGAUUUAAAUCAUGACUUCUAUGAAUAUGAGCGGGGUUUUUAGAGCUCUAAUGUUAUUGUAGCGGGUAGACUUAAGACCCAGAUUCAGUUUUGGAAAUCUAUUGGUGCCAAUCCGUAUAUUUUAGAUGUUAUAGAUACAGGCUAUCGUAUUUCUUUUUACUCCAUGCCCCCUGUUAGCUUCUCAGAUAAAAAUAAGUCUGCCUUAGCCAAUGCCGGUUUCGUCGAAGAAGCAAUAUCUGAAUUGCUACUCACCAAUCGUUUUUUUGAAACGGACUCGAUACCGCAUAAUGUGAAUCCUUUAUCUGUA